AUGACUUAAACCGUUUUGACCAGUUUUGUCACAACAAGAAUCAGCGAAGUAAAAGCAGUCACAAACAUGCUUUUUAGAUCUGUGAUCAUUUCUUGAACUUGUCUAAAUUGUGAACCAUUUACAAAGUCUUGCUUUUAACAUGGCAGAAUGUUUGACGACUGAAUGUGCUGGCGAAAAGUUGGGGGUUUCAACAGAAAAUGUUUACCCCACCCACAUUGAUAAAUCCAAAGAAAAAGCUCACCUUGCUGUGAACGGAAUAAACGGAAUGACAAAGCACUCGUUUGAUAUCAAUGUUAACGGUUAUGCUAACAACACAGAAUGUGUCAUGAACGCAAUACCUUGCAAUCAAUGUGAGAAUUUAGAUGCCACAAAUGAUUCAGAUUGUCGAGGUGAUGCAACCCAUGCAGAGAGCAGCCUUAAAGAAGAUGUUUCUUGUCUCAACUGUGAACAAACAGAAUCCAACACUCAAGACUUGAAUGAUGCUGCAUCUAAAAUAAGUUGUUUGACUAUUUCUGAUGGUGUUGAUACGAAUUCGUCAGAUAGGGACAUAGUGUGUGGAAUUGAAUACAUAGUCUACAAAUCUGAACUUCAGAUGAAAGACAUUAUGAGGCUCAUUACCAAAGAUUUAUCAGAACCUUAUUCCAUAUACACAUACCGCUAUUUUAUCCAUAAUUGGCCAAAGCUUUGCUUCCUUGCGAUGGAUGGCCAAAAAUGUGUUGGGGCAAUAGUCUGCAAAUUAGAUAUGCACAAAAAGAUGGUUCACAGGGGAUAUAUUGCAAUGUUGGCAGUAGAUGCUGAGUACAGGAGAAAGAAAAUUGGAUCCCAUCUUGUCUUGAAAGCCAUAAAAGCUAUGAUUGCUGAUGACUGUGAUGAGGUUGUUUUAGAGACAGAAAUAACAAACAAGUCAGCACUGAGACUGUAUGAAAAUCUGGGAUUUGUACGGGAUAAGAGACUCUUUCGAUAUUACCUGAACGGGGAGGAUGCGUUGCGGUUGAAAUUGUGGUUUUAUGAUUUUGUUCAGCUGUACGAGCGCUGAAAAGAUCUGCUGAUUCUAACAUGUUCAUUACAGGCUACUAUGAUAAAGAAUCUUAAAUAUGUUUAACAUAGGGACUCUAGGACAAUCUAUGGAAGCAGAUUAUUAUGAUCUUUGUGGCAAUACAUGUGAUUGUGUAAAUGAGCUUGGCUCUGGGAGAAUGCGGCUUAAUGCGUUAGAGUAAAGUGUGGUCCGCCUGGUCAUUCAGAAGAGAUUUCACUUAAACGAAGACUUCCGUAAAAGUGGAAAGUGUCAUCCCUGAUUUGCCUGUGCAGACAGCACUUGCUAAUCAGGGAGUUCAAUUUAUUAACAUGCAUUAAACUCCCUUUUACCAGAGUGCGGCUCAUUGAUAUUAAGGGGUAGAACAAUCCACAAAUGGUCAGUUUACUGUCAGACAUUGAACAAUAUUUUGGGCUUUAUUUUAAUUGGUUAUAUGUCAAAAGGGCUCAAGUUUGCCACUCGCAAAAAGCAAGUAAAAAAAUUAGUUUUAAGUCAUUUUUGUGUUAUGCCGGUGACCAUAUUGUUUGUAAAAUGUUGUUAUCUGUACUGAUCUCCAAGAUACAUCGAACCCAUCAUAAAAAAUUAUUGCACAUGUUUAUUAUGCCCCCUUUCGAAGAAUAGGUGGUAUAUUGUUUUGCACAUGUCGGUCGGUCCGCCCACCAAAUGAUUUCCGGAUGAUAACUCAAGAACUCUUACGCCUAGGAUCAUGAAACUUCAUAGGUACAUUGAUCAUGACUCGCAGAUGACCCCUAUUGAUUUUCAGGUCACUAGGUCAAAGGUCACAGUCACUAGAACCAGUAAAAUGGUUUCCAUGUGAUAACUCAAGAACGCUUAUGCCUAGGAUCAAGAAACUUCAUAGGUACAUUGAUCAUGACUUGCAGAUGACCCCUAUUGAUUUUCAGGUCACUAGGUCAAAGGUCACGGUGACUCGACACAGAAAAAAGGUUUCCGGAUGAUAACUCAGGAACACUUACGUCUAGGAUCAUGAAACUUCAAAGGUACAUUGAUCAUGACUCGCAGAUGACCCCUAUUGAUUUUCAGGUCACUAGGUAAAAGUUCAAGGCCACGGUGUUUCGAACCAGUAAAAUGGUUUCCAGAUGAUAACUCAAGAACGCUUACGCCUAGGAUAAUGAAACUUCAUAGGUACAUUGAUCAUGACUCGCAGAUGACCCCUAUUGAUUUUCAGGUCAAAGGUCAAGGUCGCGUUGACUUGACACAGUAAACUGGUUUCCGGAUGAUAACUCAAGAAAGCCUACGCCUAGGAUCAUGAAACUUCAUAGGUACAUUGAUCAUGACUGGCAGAUGACUCCUUUUGAUUUUCAGGUCACUAGGUCAAAGGUCAAGGUCACAGUGACUCGAAACAGUAAAUAAUUGGUUUCCGGAUAAUAACUCAAGAAUGCUUACGCGUAGGAUCAUGAAAUUUCAUAGGCACAUUGAUCAUGACUGGCAGAUGACCUUUAUUGAUUUUUAGGUCACUAGGUCAAAGGUCAAGGUCACAGUGACAAAAAACAUUCACACAAUGGCUGCCACUACAACUGACAGCCCAUAUGGGGGGCAUGCAUGUUUUACAAACAGCCCUUGUUUUCAGAAAAUUUCAUAGAGUGCGGUACAGAAUAAAAUGCUUUAUGAUAA